CUGCCAACCGACAAUAACCCUCAGAGCGGAGGAAGAAGAAGAGGAGGAGGAAGAAGAGGAGCGGAAUGGAGGAGGACAGGCAGAACCCGGAGCACCGGAGCAACAAGGUCCGGAGAAGACAAGCAGCAGGCUCGUCCUCUGAUAGCAGCGAUGCUGAGAAACGUGGAGGAAGAGGGGGACUCAAACGUCACCACUGUCAGCACUGCGACAAAUCCUUCUCAACAUCUGGAUAUUUAAAUAUUCAUCAGAGACUUCACACUGGAGAGAAACCACACAAGUGUGACCAAUGUGGGAAAGCGUUCACGGAGUUGGGGACCUUAAAAAACCACCAGCGCAUCCACACGGGAGAGAAACCCUACAGCUGUGACCAGUGUGGGAAAGCUUUCACAGAGUCAGGGACUUUAAAAAUCCAUCAGCGCAUUCACACAGGAGAGAAGCCGCACAGCUGCCGCCUGUGUGGGAGUGCCUUCACAAGGUUAGGGACCUUAAAAAUCCAUCAACGGAUUCAUACUGGAGAGAAACCAUACAGCUGUGACCAGUGUGGGAUCACCUUCUCUCGCGCUAAUAAUCUCAAAGCCCAUCAACGCGCUCACGCUGGAGAUAAACGUUACUGCUGUGACCUGUGUGGGAAAACUUUUUCCCGCAACAGUAACCUUAAAGCCCACCAACACAUUCACACUGGAGAAAAACCAUUUCGCUGUGACAUCUGUGGGGCGAUGUUUACACGGGAGAGUUCCCUAAAUGUCCACCAGCGAAGUCACACAGGAGAGAAACCCUACUGGUGUGACCUCUGCGGGAAAGCCUUCCGCCAGGGGAGUGCUUUACUAGUACACAGACGGAUUCACUCUGGAGAGAAACCGUACAACUGCGACUUGUGUGGGAAAGGAUUCACAAAGUUUGGGACCUUAAAGAUCCAUCAACGCACUCACACAGGAGAGAAACCAUACAGCUGCGACCUCUGUGAGCAAGUUUUUAGCAAUCUGCGUAGCUUAAAAACUCACCGACGUGAUCACACCGGAGAGAGACCGUAUUGGUGUGACCAAUGUGGGAAAACUUUUUCAUCAAGUAGUUACCUGAAAGCCCACGAACUCAGUCACAUGGGAGUAAAACCGUACAGUUGUGACAAAUGUGGGAAAGCUUUUAUUACUGUGGGUCACCUUAAUGCUCACCAGCGCACGCACACUGCAUCUUAAAGGAAUACUUUGGGUUUCUUCAACCUGACGUCCAUCCAUAUUCAUCCGUUAGUGGCUCAAAGUGCACCCAACCCCAAAGUGUACCCUGACUGCAUCCCAAAUUUUUCGGUGCAUCAAUACAAUUUAGAUGCAUCCACAAGUUUUCACCGCACCUUUUGGCUCUACAAUAAUACAUUUUAAGCAUUAUCUAUUUCGUCGGUUUCCACACACAGUGUCAGUUUUCUAACACAUUAUGUAAAUGACUGCACAUGGCCGCACAUUAAGUUUUUUGUAUUGGCACUACAGAGGUGAAGUUGUGAAGCACAGGACACAAAAUUGUACAAGUAUAAAUGUAUCAAUGAAGUCCACAGCAGUUUGAAACUAUUCCAAUCCUGUGUUUGGGGAGUUUGGAAUUGUUUUAAUAUCUCAGCAUUAUUUAUAUGUUAUUAUCUUUCCCAUGGUAAGGACACAGGAAGUAGGAGCGCUGAGGUAUCAUGAAAGUCACCAAUUGACAAAAAGAGUUCAAAUGUAGCGUGAAAACAAAACCGUUUGCCUUUUCUGGGGUUUUUUUUCCAGAUGCCUUUUUGUAAUCCGUCUUCCGAACAAAAAUUGUAUGCACAGAAAUCUUUCACACUGAUUCUGAUGUGUUUUAUUGUUCUGUUAGUUCCACAAAUUUGCAAAAUUUUACAAAAUGUAAAGACACAUUUCCUCCUUUGCCUCUCUCCACUGGGGUUACCCAUCUGAUGUCACCACUCCCUCCCUGUCUUUUCAUUUGGCACCGCAGCUGCAUGAAGGGGCGGAGCUGUGUGCGGUCCACAUCCUCCUCUUCAUCAUCAUCCACCUGAAUAUAACUAUCUGAUCUGUUCAAAGUAGCUGUCUCGAGUUAUGAAAUGAUUCUGUGCGACCCGUUCCUCUGUCUUCUCACAGCUGUGUCCCGCCGCCACAUUGUCUUCAGAUUCUUUGUCAAACGUCUCUAAAGGCUCUGAUGAUGCGAAAGAGGCAGAAAAUCAAACCUGUUCUGAAAAUUUUAGUGACGGAUGGAACUUUUGGAAUCAGUGUGUAAACGUGAUUGACACAACGUGAAGUCGUAUUGUGACACGUGCGCACUCAUUGUGCAAAGGCCUUUACUCUUCUCAGACUAAAGAGUGACAAAAAGACUGAGUCAUACGAACGGGUCCAGUGGAGAAAAGACAAUGACGAGAUGGCACAUAGCGUUCGGGGAAGUUGCAUCUGUAUGGUAGGACACGCUGGACCGGUCAAAGAAAGUGCGACAUUCUCUGUGAGAGAUCUGCAUAAUCUGUAUGAGCUAGUGAUGCUGUCAGAUGGUUUGGAUGAGCUUGUUAGGAAAUAUUGUGGAUUUCAGGCAGGCGGGUCAUAAAGUGACAAAGCAGCAUUUUGAGUAAGUUAUUAAUAACUUACACAUGCAACAAUCCAACUUUCACCUUCUCUUCCCGUCCUGUUAUUUGGCUUUUGACCAGGAAUUUCUGUUAAAGUUCGACAUAUUUAAAACUUUCCGAUCAUUGUGAAUGGUAAAAACAUUGUCCUCUGUAAAUAUGUAGGCUGAAAGUCCAGUUCAGACCAAAGAUUUGGGACGAGAUGAGACGAAACCGCUUCAUUUAAUCACUGUAGCCAGUAUCUCACUGUCACUAUCCUCAUUGAGAUUUUAAGAGGCUACAAAUUAUAUUCAGCCACAAAAUGAGUCUGAAAAGCUGCAAAUCAGAUCAGAAGUACAGAGAGUUGUUGACUAGAGAUGAUGCACCGUCUCAUCGUGAGGUCACUUCCUGUGAACCAGCAGAAUGGCGCUUUGAAGUACUUGCCUGUUUCAACCAGUGUUGAGUUACAAAAUAACGCGUUACAGUAACGUAACUACUUUUAUUGGGUAAAAAGUAGUGUAACACGUUACUACUGACUGUCAACAGUACAGACAGGAGCACCAAAAUCAAGAAUCAUAUGAGGAAUAUGGAAUAUGGAAGAUACACACGCCUCCUCGGAUUAUUUUAACGGUUUGUCAACCGAAGACAGGUUAGCUUAUUGUAAUAAGCUAACAAUUAGCAACGGAGUGAGGUUUUCUGACCCGUACUUAAUGUCGGGUCAGUGGGACAGUGGGUCACCAACCCAACGAAAGAAAUGGCCUAAGCUACAGUGACCGGACAUUUUUUUAUAUCUUAUGAAAAAACCCAGCGUUUAUACGCAUGAAAAACUCAAGGCAUAUAAAUCCCUUGAUGUGUAUAAUUUUGUACUUUGCGGUCAUGUCCAAGAUAUUGAAUACUGGGAUUUAUCUGAUGGUUUUUGUGCUCUACGGACCGAAGUACUGCCAAGCCAGCGACAAGGACACAAAACAGUAACGUUAACUAAUGCACAAGACCUGGGCGAUUCUGAACAAGACGACCAACUAUAUACUGACAGCGAACUGCACUUGUAUGGCUGGGUAAGUGCUGUUUAAUGUAACGUUAGCCUCGCUAGUCAGACCUCGACAUGGGCAACAUACGACCCCGGAACAUCAAAGGAAAUCAAAACGACCCCCAAAACAUCAAUAAAAUGCAGCAUUGUGUUAACAGAAAACAGAACAAUCACAACCUGCCUACCUUCCUGGCGCUGUGUGAACGGCAGCCUGUUGCAAGACCUGGGCAAGUUAAGUAAUUAAGUUAGUAAUCUGUCAUGUAACAAAUUCAUGUAGCCUAGUUAACACAAAUUAACUCUCACUCUUUAAUCUUUAUUUUAUCACCAAAGUGGUAAAUACCAGUGGGAAACUUGGAUUUUUUCACAUUUAGGAAAUGAGAUGGGGUUCUGCCCAAAGUCAAGCACCAUAAAAGUAACGUAAAAGUAACGAGUAACGUAAAAAGUUACUUUUCACAGAGGGUAACUAAGUAAAGUAAGGCAUUACUUUUUUUAAGAAGUAACGAGUAACGAGCAAACACUACUUUUUAAAAGUAACUUUCCCAACACUGGUUUCAACUCAUCUCGUUGGGGAAUCUUUGGUCUGAACUGGGCUUUAACAACGUGUCCCAACAACAUGAAAGUGCCUCUCCGUCCACAUUGAAUGCACUUCUCUAACGUCAUGUAAACACUGUACCGAUCAGCUGUUUGCUCAAGGUCAUACUUAAGACUUAAAUACUUAUAAGAUGGGUGAGUUCUCAGUGUCUUCCGAUAUUUGUACUUUUUUAAACAGAAAACACGCCUUACAUCAUGAUAUUCACUGUAAAUGACAGCAUAACCAACAGCAUGUAGGUUGCUAUCAACAACAAUCAUCACCAGAAACUUUCAGCUCUGGUUUGCAGGUUGUGGCUCCACCACGUUUUCAUGGAUGUCUAAUAGUUUCAGUCUCUAACGAGCGCCUGUAUCCUAAAGUCCUGCAGUGCGAGGCUCACUACCGCUCACGUUAUGAUCUUACUCUUUAUACACAUUGUCAGAUCCACAUUACACACGUCUGGUGUACAGUCGGUCGAGGAAACAAUAAUUUGAAUUACCAGUAUCACAAACACAGAGACUGACCUGCUACGAGUCAGACACACCAGUGUGACCAGUGAGUCGCACUUGACUUAUGUUUGGAUGCAGGUGCGCUCUUAUUCUGGCCCCUCCCCCGGGACCACUUUGCCUCUUGAGACCCUUGCAGGAGCUAACGCCCAGGACACCACAGUACUAUCAAAAGGACUUGCAGUGUGCUGUUUGACAACGCUUAAAAAAAGCUCGACAGCGAGAGAAAAGCGUUCUGUUUCCUCUCCUCUGAUCUAUCACCGUCUCUCUGUAGUAAAACUCUGGAGCUCAGAUUAACCACGUGGACUCUGUGGUUUCCUCUCUUCUCCUCUCAUCCUUCAGUCUGCAGGAUGAAGCCUUUCGCAGACUGAGACAGAUGCAGAUUUUCAGUUUGUUUUUGGUUUCCACCAAAGCAGGUGCAAAACAAACAGUAUCCAGUGGAGGAUGCUGAAGGUGUGGACACUGUAUAAACUUCCCCACGAGCUCGCUUACGAUGCUUUAUCGUCCACAAUGAAGAGAUUGUAUUUAUUGAUUUGUUAUGUAAUAUCUUUGUAGAAGAUCACGUCGGCUGUUUCCACUCUGUGAUAUCAAAUGUUUGCUCUUCUUCUGCUUUAAAACAUCUGCAGCCUGUGCUCACGUUAAGAUUCUCGUACACCUGCUUAGCUCACGUUAAAUGAGGUCUGAAUAAACAGUAGAAACAGAAA